CGAGGCAGAAAAAAAAAAAGAAGGGGAGGAGUGUAAUUAUGAAACUGUCGCUAAAUUCCAGUGAGACCUGUAAGAAUCUAGAGUUGAAAAAUUCUCGCGAUAUCUUAAUACGUCCGGCGUAAUUGGCUUCCUUGAGCUGCAGCAUUGGGGUAGGAGAAGCUCGCGAGAUCUCUGCAGUUGCCGAAGAGUCGAAGAACUGGCGAGGUGAUCUCGCGAAAGAAAAUAGGUCGGGAGCACUCGCGAGAUCUCAGACCACUGGACUCAAAAGGUUCUUACGAAGUUGAAGGGCUUGGAGGAGGCCCGGGAACAAAUGGCCGGAGCUGGACCAACGAUGCUGCUACGAGAGGAAAAUGGCUGUUGCAGCCGGCGUCAAAGCAGCUCCAGCGCCGGGGUUAGCUCGGGUUCUGGGAUUGAGGGGCUGUCGGGGAGCAAGAUGGGGGAACGGAAGGGGAACUGCAGGUCCCGGCAGCCUCUGGGCUUCGUGUGAGCGCCCCGCAGGCUGUCGGGAACUGUGGUUCCGCAGGCGGGCUGCAGCCGGGCAGCGCGGUCUGAGCGCAUGUUCCGCCCCCGCACAGGACUCUGACGGGGAGCGUGAGGAGGACUCGCCGGCUGCGCGCGCUAGGCAGCAGCUGGAGGCGCUGCUCAACAAGACUAUGCGCAUUCGCAUGACAGAUGGACGGACCCUGGUCGGUUGCUUCCUCUGCACCGACCGUGACUGCAAUGUUAUCCUGGGCUCGGCGCAGGAGUUCCUCAAGCCAUCGGAUUCCUUCUCUGCCGGGGAACCCCGUGUCUUGGGUCUGGCCAUGGUACCUGGACACCACAUCGUUUCUAUUGAGGUGCAAAGAGAGAGCCUGGGGGGGCCUCCCUAUCUCUGAGCCCUGUCGCACAUGCCUUUCAGUCCUCAUUAAACUUGUAACUGACCGUAA